AUGCAUUUCUUAGGAAGCCUAUCACUGUUGGCCAUCGCCGUAACAGCUGCAUAUGCCCAGUUCGAAGUACCAUUGUCCGUCUGGCCUCCAGGGCCAGGACAGAUCCUUCGCGCCCAGCAGCCCGACCCAGAGAUAACGGCCAUACUCAAGCAAAUUGACCCGAACCGCAUCAAAGCCAGCAUCGAGAAGCUCGUCUCCUUCGGCACCCGACACACCCUCUCCAGCCAGACCGACCCCGUACGCGGGAUUGGCGCUGCCAGGGACUGGAUCGCGGCGGAGUUGCACUCUUAUGCCGCAGCCUCGAACGGGCGCAUGGUCGUCACCGUCCCGAGCUACCUCCAGCCGGUCGCAAACCGCGUCCCGGUCCCCACUGUUAUUAGUAACGUCGUGGCGACGUUGACGGGCUCUAAGGACCCGAAUCGGGUGUAUGUCGUCUCUGGACACUACGAUACGCGGGUAAGCGAUGCGCUGAACUUCGUUGACGACGCUCCGGGGGCGAAUGAUGAUGCUUCUGGAGUGGCGAUCUCGUUAGAGCUGGCGAGGGUGAUGGCAAGUCAUCAGCCAGCGGCGACGAUGAUGCUUCUGGAGUGGCGAUCUCGUUAG